AUGAACCAAGCAAAAAUAGCAAGUACUAUCCACCACACGAACGAACACGUCAUCACGGACCCGCGACAUCCCGAGAAAGCCAGGGACAAAGCGGCACAGAUCAUCCAGGAUCUCUGCCUCCGGGUCCAAGAUCUUGAAGGCAAACUGACCAACAGAGAAAAACACAACAACGAACACGGAAGCCAGGCGACUUCCAGGUCAAGAUCCCACCGCGGCAGGUCGCCAACCCGGCAACACGAUAGGAGAGAUGAUCGCAGCGUCUCACGCAACCACCGACACGAGAAAUCGCCAGAACGGCGAUACAACAAGAAACACCACCGCAGCGCUUCUCGUGAUCUAAGUCGUCAACACGAUUCGGACGAGGAUCGGAGAUACCGAAACACCAAACGCACAAGAAACGACCACACCAUAAUGGGAGCUACACCCUUCACAGAAAGAAUCUUAAGAGCGAAACUCCCCAAAGGUUUCGACAAACCCACCGACAUGAAGUACGAUGGAACCAAGGACCCUCAGGAACAUCUAACGGCCUUCGAGGCCAGAAUGAACCUGGAAGGAGCGGCCGACGCAGUCCGAUGCAGAGCCUUCCCAGUAACCCUUGCCGGACCGGCGAUCAAAUGGUUCAACGCCCUCCCAAACGGAUCCAUAGCCAACUUCCACGACAUAGCACGAAAAUUCACGGCCCAGUUCACGACCAGAAUCACCAAAGCCAAACACCCCAUCAGCUUGUUAGGGGUCACACAAAAGCAAGAAGAAUCCACAAGGAAAUAUCUCGACCGCUUCAACGAUGAAUGCCUAACGGUCGACGGACUCAUGGAUUCCGUUGCAAGCCUUUGCCUGACUAACGGGCUCAUGAACGAGGACUUUCGCAAACACCUCACUACUAAACCAGUAUGGACCAUGCACGAAAUCCAGAACGUCGCCAGAGACUACAUCAACGACGAAGAGGUCAGCCAGGUCGUCGCUGCCAACAAACGGCAGCACACCCAACACGGUAAUUCGGCUCCCCGUCAUAACCCAACGCCCAAAGAGAAUCAACGGAACCACCCCAGGCCGACCAACCGGCCACCAAGAAUUGGCAAAUUCUCUAAUUACACGCCCCUAACAGCACCAAUUACGGAGAUAUACCAUCAAAUAGCAGAUCGAGGCAUCAUCCCAAGAGCCCGACAACUCAAAGAAAGGACGGGAGGCAACAAAACCCUCUACUGUGACUACCACCGAGGUUAUGGCCACAAAACACAAGAUUGCUUCGACCUUAAAGACGCUCUUGAACAAACCAUACGAGACGGCAAACUCCCGGAAUUUGCCAAAAUCAUCAGAGAACCAAGACGCACGGAGAAAGACAAGUCACCGGAAAAAGAAGGGCGUAACCCGAGAACACAAAGGCAACCCCCCAGGGAGAGCCCGGAGGAAGACCCAACCAUCAUAGUAAACGUCAUCACAGGCAAGGACGUAUCGAGCAAGUCAAAACUAACAAUGAAAAAAGAUCUCAAGGUAAUGGCCGUCAGAAACCAAGCCCCAAUCACCGCGACCGACAAUACGAUAACAUUCUUACCGGAGGACUGCCAGCACGGCACCUCAGCCGAAGAUGCCCCUUUCGUCAUCUCAGCCAGAAUCGGAACAGGACUAGUAUGA